AUGGAUUCCGAUGAUUCAUCCGGAUCUUCUAACGAGUCCGCUGAUUACGAAGAGCGUGUACAGAAUGUGCUUCUUCAAGCCGCCGAACUAAUUAGACGACAGAUUGACGAACAACCUGCCUCAGUCAUUAGAAGAAGGGUACCAGUUGAUCGUGAUCGUAUUGAAGCACACGCUCGUUUGAUGCAUGACUAUUUUGCUGAAGAACGGCGAUAUCCACCCAGACUUUUUAGACGAAGGUUUCGUAUGUCAAAAAAUUUAUUUGAGCGGAUAGUCGGUGAUUUGGAGGCUAGGUACCCAUAUUUUCAGAUGAGAUAUGACCGUGCUGGGCGCAGAGGGUUUGUCGGGGUACAAAAGUGUACAUCUGCAAUUCGUCAAUUGGCAUAUGGCGUUAACAGUGAUUUCCUUGACGAGUAUUUGCAGAUGUCUGAGCGAACAUCAAGGGAAUCUUGCCUAAAUUUUUGUGUUGGUAUACGGGAAAUUUAUGGAGCAAGAUACCUACGGAGACCGAAUCCGUCCGAUCUUCCGCGUAUAUACGAUGUUAAUGAACAAGUUGUUGGUUUUCCCGGUAUGAUCGCUGUAGCAUCAAACGAUCUAUGGAUUUGGAAUGCGUACUUUGGACAGCAAGGUUCUCACAACGAUAUCAAUGUGUUUGAAUCAUCGCCAAUUCUUGAAGAAAUUGUAAACGGAUUGGCACCCACUGCUCCGUUUUGGGCAAACGGAAACUUCUACGAGAAGGGAUACUAUUUGGGCGACGACAUCUAUCCCGAAUAUGCUACAUUUGUGAAGACCUUUUCCGACCCGAUCGAUGAAAAAAGAAGACAUUUUAAGAAGAAACAAGAGUCGGCACGAAAGGGUAUUGAGCGGGCUUUCGGUGUGCUUAAAAAACGAUGGAAGGUGCUAAAACAUCCGGCACUAUAUUGGGACAAAAGAAAUAUGCAGGAUGUUUGUUAUGCUUGUAUCAUUUUACAUAACAUGAUCCUGGAGGACGAAAACAAGGCCGUAUGCCAAGACUACAACGCCCAAGAACCGAGUCUCAAUCCAGAUUAUUGGAGGCGCAUAACUCCAACGGAAGUUCGUAUCCAAAAUCUGCAUGCCGUCAAAAACCGUGAAACCCACAACAUGCUAACGACAGAUUUGGUUGACCAUCUUUGGGCGAACACACCACAUGACUUCGAGCCUGCAGCCGAUCCCUUCGUCGAUCUGCGAGAGUAUGUUAGCACCGACGACGACGACUCCGAUUAG